UAUCAAAGGCAGUGUACGGUGGCCGAAGUGUCUGUGGCGCGUCUAGUUGUUUGAGAUCCAGAAUUUCGUAAAAUUUUAACCUUUCUAGUAAUUCAUUUAUAAUUUUGGACUUGAAGAUCUGAAAGUGCUGUGAUGAAAAUGCUUUACACAUGGCUUCUUUCCCCUGAGCAUCCGUAGAAACCAUUCAUAUGAGAUGGAGUGAUGGGGCACAAUGAAUGGGGAGCCGAACGCCAACCCACAAGUGCCCGUCACCACCCUAGCGGGCAUCGUCAGUCUCACGCAAUUAUUGCCUGAGUUACCGUUGCCGUCAUCUUCUGUGGGUGUUGGAGACUCCAGGUCACUCCUCUUCCAUCCCCGUGUCGCUGAAGAAGCCCAGCGUCUUCUCUCGUGCCAAGACCCAGCUCUUGUCGAACAGUUAGCCAGUUCGCUUGCUCUCACACAUGCUGACCACAUAGAGCUGAAGGAGCCUUAUGCUGGGCAGGAUCCAGUCUUGAGUUGCAAGGGUUCUCCCCCUCUUUUGGAAGGAAUAUUGCGCCUCAAUCCGGCAGUUUUUUCAGGAAAGAAAGGUGGUGACUCUGGCUUGAUAGUGAAGACAGAAGCAAACAAGUCAGAAAGUACUCCCAAUCAUAGUGCAACGUCCAGAUUUAAGCAGCACAUAAACAAUGUGUCUGUAAUUCAGUGUGGUCCAGCUUUAGUGAAUGCAAAUCAAGUUCGCAUCAAAACUGAGCCGGGAGGUCAGCCUCCAGAAACAUCGAAGUCUGGGCACCAGCCUGCUGGUCAGCCAAGACUAAUCCCACCUUCCACCUUACCUGCUAGUCUUUCUCAAAGCCCUGCAGAGGCACCACAAAUAAAUGAAGUUCCUCUGACCUCUAGAACAUUAAGGGAACAAAACAGUGAAAAAGAGAAGCAGAUUGAUGUUACAAAUGAGGGUAACAGUUGUCAGGAGUCGUCAAGAGAAAUAGAGAAGGUUCCCUUUAAUCAUACUGACCAUAAAUCUAAGGACAAUGCCAAUGCCGUGGCCAGGACCAUGAAGGAGCCAGUUGUGGUACUCAAUAAGCUCUCCUCUGAGGAGCUUAAGUCUAUGAGUCGCUUACACAAACUGGAUGGGGUGGAGAGCAACUGCAAAUCCAAUAAGCAUUCAGAAACUCCAUCAAAAAACAGUUCAAGAGGUGGUCGUUCCCGAGACUCGAAAAAGUACCGAGAAGUCAGUUCUGAGUCUGAAUCCGAAGAUGAGGACAAGAAGAAGCCAACCAAGUACUUCAAGAAUCGGGAUAGGGAGCGUGAGGAGAAAAAGAAGAAGGAUAAAGCUGAUAGGAAGAGAAAUCGAACAUACUCAGAUGAUGAUGAUUAUGAUCCAGAUCAGGAGAAGAAGCGCCGAAGAAAAGGUGGUAAAGAGAGUGAUGAAGAGGAGGAAGAUUCUGACUAUGGAGAAUCUGAAUCUAAGGGUAAUAAAAAGGGAGCCGGAGCACCUUUACCAACACCAGUCACAAAAAAGCCGGCUUAUACCAAUAAGAGAUUAGAAAGAAAAUUAGUGCCUCAAACAGAAAAACUCUCUCCUGAAGAAUUGAUGGAAACUGGGGUUUAUCAGAGGUUUAACAGAGCUAUUGAAAAGAUAUUUGAUAAUACUGAAGAUUUGGAUCUCACUGCAGAGAUAGAAGACGAUGAUGAUGUCCCUCAGGAGUAUCUCAUCCCCAAGUAUGAGUUAACUGAUCUGUGUUCAGAAACAGCUAAACUCAAAAGCUUAGGGGCAAUGGCUAUAGUUCCUCCCGAAAGGUUGGUGAGGCUCCUUAAUAUCCUGGAGAAGAAUAUCAGAGAUGGAACAAAAGUAACACCAGUAAUGGAUGAGGAGGAGGACGAUGAUGAUAAGCUGUGGAUGGAGUUGGUUAUGGAACGUAUAAUGCGUGGAAUGGAUGCCUCUCUCACCGCCAUGUAUAUCAUGACAUCUCUAAACAUGAACAAGAGAGUUUACCUUGAAGAUGUUAUCGAGAGAUGUGUUCAGUUUACCAAAUUUCAGUUGUCCAACACAAUAUAUCCAUCUUUUGACCCUGUUUAUAGGCUGGACAGUAAAAAAGAUGGCUAUGUUGGGAACAUGAAAAGAAAACGAGCCCAGUGUAAGGAUGUCAGAAAUCGCAGUAUACUGGGACUGUAUAAUAAGCUCCAUGAGGUGGUUGGCCUUCUCGCAGAUCUGUUAAGUAUACAGACCCUUACAGAUACGACUGUAUUGCAGCUAUCCACCCUUGGGGUUGGUCCGUUUUUUGUUGAAAAUGUGUCUGAACUACAACUUUCAGCCCUCAGGCUUGUAACCAAGGUAUUCUCCAAGUACAAUAAGCACCGUAAUCUCUUGUUAGAUGAUAUACUUGCGUCUAUAGCCCGUUUACCUAACAGCAAAAGAAGUUUAAGAACGUAUAGAUUAAAUUCUGAUGAAAAUAUUCAAAUGUUAACUGCCUUAGUGUUACAGUUGAUACAGUGUGUUGUUGAACUCCCAGAGGAGCUAACACAUUUAGUGAGUGGUAGCAAAGUUGAAGGUGAUAAUAGUCAAAAUUCCAAAGAUUCCAAAGACACCAAAGCUGUGGAGGAAAAGAAACCAGAGUUAAAUAUGGACAGAGAUGUGUUGGUAAAAGAUCGUUAUGAAACUGCCAUGCGUACGGCAUAUAGUUUUUUAUCAGUGUUCCUUCAAAAAACUGGUAGUAAAAGUGAAGAAAUAGAUUACCGCCCAUUAUUUGAAAACUUUGUGCAAGAUCUCCUUGUAACUGUAAAUAAACCUGAGUGGCCUGCGUCCGAACUUUUAUUGUCUCUUUUGGGCAAACUUUUAGUACAAAAAUUUAGCAACACAAAAACUGACAUGACCUUAAGAGUGUCUUCUCUUGACUGUUUGGGAGUGGUGGCAGCAAAAUUGAGAAGAGAUGCAGUCUCUUCUCAUUCAGAACUAGAGUCAAUUAAGACAAUCAUUCAGGAAGUCAGGGAGGAAGAAAAUCGUGAUGCCCCCAUGUUAGAAGAUGGUUCAGCUCCAUUGGAAAAUGGGACCACGGCACCCUCAGGCAACAAAAAGAAUAAAAAGAAGAAGGGUGGCCUUGAAAAAUCUAAGGAGAGUGAUGGACCUAGUGAUGAGGAGGAGGAGAGAACGAGAUUUCUUCAAAGAGUCCUUUUGGAUUGGCUGGCUGUGAAUUCUGGUAGUGAAACUGCUCUUCUACAUGCCAGACACUUUUAUAUUGGCCAAUGGUACAGGGAAGCUUUUACGGAAAUCAUGAGGCAGAAGCAGGGUCCCCUACCACCUUCCAAUACAAGGAAAUCUGGAAGUCAUAACAAAAGAAAAAGAAAGAGAAAAGGUAAUGGAAGUGAGGAAGAAAGUAGUGAGGAAUCAGAAGAGGAUGAGGAUGAUGAUGAGAAAAAAAAGGGCCAUGUAGAUGAAGCUUUGGCAGCGGAAGUAACUCAGUUGGCUGAGCAAAGAAAGUUGUUUCUUCUAACUAAGAUUGCACCUUUCCCACCAGCAUCACCGGGGGCUAAAACUCAGACUCUUCAAACACACAUUGGCUAUGGCAAUGCGGAGUUGAUCACAAGAUACUUGGCCUCUAAAAGACCAUUUUCACAGAGUUUUGACAUGUACCUGAAGCAGAUUCUACGAGUGCUGACAGAGUCUGCUAUCGCUGUUCGGACAAAAGCCAUGAAAUGUUUGACAAUGGUGGUUGAAGCAGACCCAGGAGUCUUGUCUCGUUCAGAUAUGCAGAUGGGGGUUCAUCAUUCAUUUUUAGAUCACUCCACAUCUGUGAGAGAGGCGGCAGUCGAUCUGGUUGGCAAGUUUGUGUUGUGUCGACCAGAAGUGCUCAAUACCUACUAUGAAAUGAUUGCAGCAAGAAUACUGGAUACUGGUGUUAGUGUAAGGAAACGUGUUAUAAAGAUAUUAAAAGAUAUAUGUUUAGAGUGUCCAGACUUCACAAAAAUUCCAGAAAUUUGUGUAAAAAUGAUUCGUCGAGUAAAUGAUGAAGAAGGCAUAAAGAAGUUGGUGCAAGAAGUCUUCCAGAAUAUGUGGUUUACUCCAGUGAGAGAAAGGCCUCAAGUUGAUGAAGAAGCACUUCUUCGUAAAGUCAAUAAUAUAACAGAAGUUGUAGUGGCUUGCCGAGACACUGGCCUGGAUUGGUUUGAACAGCUGUUGCACAGUAUGUUUAGACCGAAAGAGGACAAGGAUGAUGUAACAAAAAUCAACACUGAACCUCCGAAGUCCCUUGUAACUGCCUGUAAGCAAAUUGUGGAUUGUCUUGUAAGGCAUAUAUUAGUGUUGGAAGAAGGUGGUGCUGAAAAUCAGUCAUCAGAGCAACCAAGAACUACAUCGCAGAGGUUACUUGCAUGUCUUAAGACCCUGUAUCUAUUUGCCAAAAUCCGUCCGCAGCUUCUCAUUGAACAUGCUAUCACUCUUCAGCCAUAUUUAGCAUGGAAAUGCCGGACCCAGGUGGAUUAUACAAUGAUUGGUGUUGUGGCUCGAACGUUAGAACUGGUAGUACCACUGAUGGAACAUCCAAGUGAAACGUUUCUCUCACAGUUAGAAGAAGACGCUGUAAAGUUAAUAAUUCAGCAUGAUCGUACUGUCAUCACAUCGUGCUUAGCUUUAUUAGGGUCCAUCGUUAACACUGUUACCAAAAAUUAUAGGCUUAUAAAAGACUGCUUUAUAAGGUAUCAUAGCUUUAUCAUUGACUAUAAGAAGCUGAAUGAAGAGAAUCCUCAAAAUCCAAAACUAGAGUCUUAUAAGCCAUUUUUUAGAAGAGCAUUAUACACCAUAGGCCUACUUCUAAAACAUUUUGAUCUCAAAAGUGAUGACGUCAGAUGCGGGUUACCGGUUGACAUCACUGAUCAAGUUUUUGACACAUUGAUGUAUUUCAUGGAGCUGCCAGAUAUGAACCUCAGGUAUUGCACCUUACAAGCUUUGGGAUUCAUGUGUAUACGGCAUUAUGAAUUAAUGAUGGGGCCCCGGUUGAAACAACUGUAUCACACAUUGUUGUUAGACCAGUCUGUCAGUACACAGCUCCGAAUACAAACACUGCUGAAUGUAGAAACCUACCUACAAGAGGAAGAGAUUCGUAUGAUCAAGCAAGAUCAAGAAUGGGCUAAGCAGAAAACGCGUGAAAACCUAAAGGAAAUGUGUGAUUUACAGUCGGGUAUGGCGUCAGCUAUCAUACAGAUGUAUCUUAAGCAGGUCCUUGAAUGUGUUGUGGCUGGGUGUGUUGUUGUACGUCAUUCUGCUCUGAGAGUAAUUCAGCUAGUUUUGGCUCAAGGUCUAGUCCACCCCGUCCAAAUUGUACCAUAUUUAGUGUGUAUGUCCACAGACUCGGAGGAAGCCAUAGCACACUCGGCUGACAAGCAGUUGCAAGACAUUGAAAAGAAAUACCCAGGUUUCAUUGGGAUGAAAGCAAUGCAGGGGUUUCGAUUAUCAUAUCGACUACACACCCUCAUCCAGGCACAGCCACCCACUCGAGGUUUCCGUUCGAAAGAAGGAGAACAUCCGGGGGCGCUUAAUGGUUUUUUAUACUCGAUUAUGCGUUCUACAAAGCAGCACAGAAGAGCGGUUGCGUUUUCUUUGCUGAAGCAGUUUGAGGAACAAGCUCGUUGCAAUUUGUCAGAGCUGUUGUUCAUCGCAGAUAAUUUAGCAUACUUCCCUUAUCAAGUGAUUGAUGAGCCUCUGUUCAUAAUACACCACAUUGAUAUAAUGAUCUCUGUCACGGGUACAAAUAUUCUUCAGAACUUCAGAGAGGCUUUAUUACCUCCACCAAAUGCUGAAGUUAAAAUCAAUCCAGAAACUGGUCAGGAGGAGUAUGUAGAUGAUUUAGAUGAUGAGGAAGAUGUGGAGGUUUAUUUAUCACGUCUCCCUCCCUGCCUUACUCCGUUAGAAGAUUGUAUCAAUUCCUGUCAGGGAUGUCUGUUGUUAUUAAUGUUAAAAGAUUAUUUAAAAGAAAUUUAUGGAAUCACUGAUGGGCGGAUCACUCAGUAUUCUCCUUCUGACACAUCCAAGCAGUAUGAAAAGGCUUGCACCAGGAAAAGUACUGCAAAAUUUAAUCCUAAGACAACAUUAAAAAUGCUUAAAGAAGAGCCAGAAAAGAAUGUAGAUAAGAAAGAUGAUAUGCAACCAAAGAUUGAUCUUAUAUCUCAAUACCUCAAUUUUAAAGCCCUUAUGCUUAAGAUAGAUCCAGAUGACGAAGAGGAUGACUCUGAUGCAGAGGCUGCUCGUAAAGCUAUGCAAAAUGAUGCCGAUGGUCACACCUUAACUCCUAGAAAUCUUAGAGGACAUCAUAAUGGUAGUGACGUUCCUUUGCUGCCUGGCACACACGACGGAUGGAAGGUGAGGUUUGGUAUGAUUAAGGAAGGUCUAUUGCUCGUGGAACCCCCAAAAGAGGCGGAUGGUGCUGUACAGCACUUGAAAACUGUCCCAAUGGAUGGCAUUGUUGAGGAAGUUAGGAUUGAUGAGCAGCUCCCCCCUCGACGUAGUCCAGCAGUCAAACCCAUCACCAUACGCACCUCACAAGUGGCCAACACCAGGGAACACCGGUCACAUCGUUCUUCACAUAAAUCUUCGAGUCAUAAAAAGCAUAAAAAGAAGAAAAAACGAAAGAAGUCAAGUGAUUCGGAAGAAAGUGAAUAUAGUGACCCUGAUUUUCUUGUAUAGUGAUUAGAGAGACAAGAGUGCUUUAAUGUAUCGAACCAUUUUGCUCCUAAUUCGAUGGGGUGUGUUGAAGGAAGUUUCCAUGCAGAGGAAAACUAUUAAGUCCCAAGAAAAAGAGAAAUAGAAAAAUAUAAAGAAAUAGGUGAUGCUGAAGUGACCUUUACUUACAAAAUGAACAGUGAUUUCUUGUUUGGGGGGGAUACUGGUACACAUAGUUAGCAUAAAGGAUAUUUUUAAAUGCAGCAAUACAUUAUAUUAGGUGUUAAUGUAUAUACAAACUCAUGGGACAUGAUUCAAUAAUUUUUGUGCGUGUGUUUGUGUGUGCGCAACAAAGGAGCCUAUUGUAGUGUCAGAAAGAUUUUAAUUUAAUGCUGAGAACAAAAAGAACCGGUACUAAUGAGUUGGAGUAGAAUAUUGUUAGUGUUGUAUGCAGCCUCUGCUACAACUUCAAAAUAUUUUGAAGAUGGUAAUGAACAGUGAAAUAUUUAUUUAUUGUACAGUGUAUCAUGUUUCCUGGAUUAAUUUUGUUUUAAUUACAAUUAGUACUUUUUAUUUUUUAUAAGAAAAAUCAAAGCCCAAUUUCAUGAACUUUCUUUAUAGGUGUGCACUGGUUGUGAGGAAGCUGGGAAUCAUUUGUAUACACAUUCAAAAGCACUUUUCUCUGAGGCUGACUGGAAUUUCUUUCAUGCAUUCAAAAUAUAUAUUAUAUAUAUAAUAUAUGUGUAUAAGUAUAUAUAGUAUAUAUAUUAUAUAUAUAAGUAGUGUAAUAUACUUUGAAAAAAUGAAUUUUAUAAUUAACAACAUAAUUUAUACUAAUAUCUGCACCAGUGCAAUGUUGUUGGGAGGACUGGUUACUAGAGAAAGACUAUUUAUUGUUUCUUUUUGUUAUUGUCAUAAAAGCACAAAGAUUUUGCUGAAGGACAGAAAUGCAACUUUUAUACCAUGUCUAAUUGUAGAAAAUUCAGAAAAAAGUUUUCUUUAUAUUGUGAUAUCAUUUGUAAUACAUGAAUUUCCUGCCAGUUAUUAUUAAUACAAUGAAUGACUGCCAUAUGACAAAAGCACAUUCUUUUUAAAUCAUGUUGUCCAAAAGAAUAUGUCGGCUUGUAAAUGGAAUAAAUUUAUGACCACAAAGUAUAAGUAUGUGUUCCAUAUUUGUCUAUUUUUACCUGAAUGUAGUGAUGUCAUGUCUUGUCUAGCAUAGAAAUGUAGAAAAUAUAACAUUUGUCUGUAUAUCAGCAAUCUUGAAGGUUUUUUAUCGGACAGGAGUAAAUAUUGUAUAUGUAUAAUAAUUGUAUAGUAAAUCUCCCCUAUGCGGUUUCAGCGAAGACGGAAGUUUUCCUCAUUACUUAUUUUUUAUAGAUGGUGGCAAAGUCUGGGCUUUCAUUUUUAUACCAAAUAGGAGAAAUUUAGAUGGCCUUGUAUUACAUUCUCUAAGCAGAAGAGAAAGAAGCACAGACUUGCGCCCAAAGUUUUUUGUAGUAGUUCCCUUAUUGUCCAUUCUUUAUUCAUAAUUCAGUCUGACACAUGCUAUUAUCACCACAUCAGAGUGGGAGGGAAAGUUUGCUCCCCACUCACUCCAAGAGCCAACACCUCUGGCCUUUGGCUAAUCAUGUACACACACAUUCACUUGCACAUAAACACAAAACUACAAGUAUACAAAUGCCUACUUUUAUAACCACACAUUCAUCUCAUUUUAGACAAGAUUGUACAGGUAGGUCACAUAUCAAAUCAUAAUACAUUGAGGAUUUUGCUCUCCCUCCCACUCAUCAUUAUCUCUGAACCAUAUUAUCACAGAGAAAAGCUCCAUUAGAAUCAUUAAAUGAUCAGCAAAGAAA